AUGAAUGCGGCCGCUGUACAAGACGCUCCUCUCGUUGGAAUUAUUAUGGGUUCUCAAUCAGACUGGGCAACUCUCGAAAACACUGCCAAUAUGCUGAAACAGCUUGGUGUUCCUUUUGAAGCCGAAGUAGUUUCUGCGCAUCGUACGCCAGACCGCUUAUUUGAAUAUGCUGAAACAGCACGUGAACGUGGUAUUCAGGUGAUUAUUGCUGGUGCUGGUGGUGCAGCACAUUUACCAGGAAUGUGCGCAGCAAAAACAGAUUUGCCUGUGCUGGGUGUUCCUGUGAAAUCUUCAAUUUUAAAUGGCGUUGAUUCUUUGUUGUCUAUUGUACAAAUGCCUGCAGUUGGCACUUUGGCAAUUGGCCCUGCGGGUGCAACCAAUGCUGCAAUCAUGGCUGCUCAAAUUUUAGGUUUAACUCGCCCUGAAAUUGCAAAAAAUGUUGCAGAUUUCCGUGCCGCUCAAACCGAUAAAGUGGCAAGUAAAAAUAUUCCGGGUCAAGCUUAA